AUGCCGAAUGACACACGCCAAUUCUACACUGUCUGGAAAAUCAAAGACCAUUUGACCAUGCCUGACCCCGAAGAAAAAAAGACCAGAUACCAUACAUACCUCUUUGUACAAAAGGAGGAGGAUCUCACGGACAACAACAAUGAUCCCCAGCACGUCGUCGGGUGGACACACGAAGUCACCGGCGACAUAUCCACCUCCACGGGCAUGGUGUACGUCCACAAGCCCGUGCACCGUUCGCCCGCAUAUGGUGAGGCGUUUUACGCCAAGGAGCUGUUAGGCCGGGUGCCGGCGGACGAGUAUCCGGAGAAUGUGGACGGGGUGUGUCAGUCGAUCAAGCCGCCUUGGUGUCAGAAGAAGUUCAACGCGCAGACGAUGAGGUAUGAAGGUGUUGUGUUUGAGGAGGGGGAGGGGGAGGUUCGGGGUGGGAUGAAGUGGAGGUUUUAUGCGCCUGGGGAGGAGAGAAAGCCGUAUUUCAAGUGUACGGAGUGGGUGGAGGAGAAGGUGGUUCCGAAACUGGUGGCUGACAGGAUCAUUGUUGAUUGA